AGAAGCUGUUUAUGGUUCUGACUUCAGCAGCACAGAGAUAAAACCCCGGUGUUGUGUAGAUUAUUGUGUAGAUUAUAAUUCUUUUAUUCUAUUAUAAUGUUGGUGUGCAGAGGACUGAGAUGUUUUGUGUCCAGGGUUCGAACCCCCACAUUCCCACUGUGGAGCAGAAUGCAGCACACACAGCAUCUGCACGACGACUCUGCCGCCCCCUUCCGUCCCGAGACCUCUAUGGCUAAAACGCUGAUGGAUGUGGGGACGAGGAGGAUUUUCUCUGAGGAGCACGACCUGUUCAGGCAGAACGUCCGGCGCUUCUUUAGGGAGGAGGUCGUUCCUCACCAUGCAGAGUGGGAGAAGGCAGGUGAGGUCAGUAGGGAGGUUUGGGAGAAGGCGGGAUCACACGGCCUGCUGGGUAUUUACACACCUGUUGAACAUGGAGGAGUGGGAGGAGACCUGCUCUCUGCUGCCAUCGUGUGGGAGGAGCAGAUGUAUUCCAACUGCUCAGGUCCCGGUUUCUCUCUGCACUCGGAGAUCGUGAUGCCGUACAUCAGCCAUUACGGCUCUCAGGCUCAGAUCGAGCGCCUUCUGCCCCAGAUGGUUGCUGGGAAAUGUAUCGGCGCCAUCGCGAUGAGCGAGCCGGGGGCCGGCAGUGAUAUUCAGGGCGUGAGGACGAACGCCCGGAGAGAUGGAACCGACUGGAUCCUCAACGGGAACAAGGUCUUCAUCACUAACGGCUGGAUGAGCGACCUGGUGAUCGUGGUCGCCAUGACCAACCGCGAGGCUAAAACGGCGGCUCACGGCCUCAGUCUGUUCCUGGUGGAGAGCGGCACCAAGGGCUUCAACAAGGGGCGCAAACUGGAGAAGAUAGGCCUCAAAGCGCAGGAUACGGCCGAGCUGUUCUUCGAGGACGUUCGACUCCCGGCUGACGCUCUGCUUGGAGAAGUAAACAAAGGUUUCUACUACCUGAUGAACGAACUGCCUCAGGAGCGACUGAUCAUAGCCACGAUGGCUCUGGCGAGCUGCGAGUUCAUGUUCGAGGAGACCCGGAGCUACGUGACUCAGAGGAAAGCGUUCGGUCGAACCAUCGCUGAUCUGCAGACGGUGCAGCACAAGCUAGCGGAGCUGAAGACGGAGGUCUGCGUGGGCCGAGCGUUCGUCGAUAACUGCCUUCAGCUGCACAGUCAGGGCAAACUGGACUCCAGUACGGCCUCCAUGGCCAAAUACUGGGCGUCGGAUUUACAAAAUAAAGUGGCCACUCAGUGCCUGCAGCUGCAUGGUGGGUGGGGCUACAUGUUGGAGUAUCCAAUCGCCAGGGCGUUCGUGGACGCCCGUGUGCAGCCCAUCUACGGAGGAACCAACGAGAUCAUGAAGGAGCUGAUCGCUCGUACCAUUGUCGGUCGCAAGUAGACACGAUGAUGAUGAUGUGGACAGAGGGACAGGAAGCUGGUUUGUGGAUGAUCUUGUAGAACAAAGCACAUUUUUGUAGCUAGGAUGUUAAUACCUGACUGGUGUGUGCUAACUUCAUUAAUCUAGAUGUUAAUUACUGAAUAAACCGAAGGUCUGGGUGGAAAACAGGAA